UCAAUUAUGCAAAUUUAGUAAGUGUCAUGGCUGCCAUCAUAGACCAAAUGCAAAAACUAGACUAGCAGUAGCACUUGAGAACGUACCGAAAGACAGAUCAGUGAGUGGGCUGUACAUGUGUACAUUGUUCAUUGCAGCGGUGUAUGUUGGACUACUGCGUGUGGAUUGUCAUCAGAGGGCCCUCAGUCACACUAAGCUACGGUACAUUGUGCAUGCAAGCAGCAGGAUAACUGUAUGAGGUGAACAUAGCGUGCACUGUAGCCAUGCACCGUGAGCAGUAGUCGUCAAGCAAUAUCCAUGACCAUCAGCCAGUUGGCCUGUACAAAACUAGUUGUGCAAAACGAACCUGCCUACCCCUCCCCAGAAAACAGCCAUGAGGCACUUCAGAACUUGUCCAUGUGACCGACUCAUUCUUGAAAACAACUGAAGCUUUUUCAGAAGAUAUCUGCAGUUCCUCUUCAUUCAGGUUGUGCAAAGAUGACUUAAAACCCUCAGAACAUCCCCUAAGCAAAGCCAAAGACUUGUGAUAGGGCUGCACAUCAGGAGCCAUUGCAUUGGUAGUAAAGAAGAGACUUGAAACAUGGACAAGUACGAGAAACUGAAUAAGAUUGGCGAGGGGUCGUACGGCGUGGUCUUCAAGUGCCGGAAUAGGGACACUGAGGAGAUUGUUGCCAUCAAACGCUUUGUGGAGUCUGAGGAUGACCCCUCCAUCAAGAAGAUUGCCCUGCGAGAAAUCCGGAUGUUAAAGCAACUGAAGCACAAAAACUUAGUCAACUUGCUGGAGGUGUUCCGACGGAAGAGGAAACUGCACCUGGUGUUUGAGUACUGUGAGAAGACGCUACUAAAUUCCCUCGAUGAGUACGCAAAAGGGAGGUUAAUUGAACAUCAGGGAACAUUGGGAGGAAUGCCAGAAGAGAGAGUCAAGAAAUGGAUCAAGCAACUACUUGAAGCCGUCAAAUUCUGCCACGAUCACAAUUGUAUUCACAGAGACGUGAAGCCUGAGAACAUCCUCAUCACGAAGGAUGACAUGCUGAAAUUGUGUGACUUUGGUUUUGCAAGAAUAUUAACUGGUCCUGGAGAUGACUACACAGACUACGUGGCCACGCGGUGGUACCGGGCCCCCGAGCUGCUGGUAGGGGACACCAAGUACGGCCCGCCGGUGGACGUCUGGGCCAUCGGCUGCGUCAUGGCUGAAAUGCUGACCACUGAGCCCCUCUGGCCGGGCCGCUCGGACGUGGACCAGCUCUACCUCAUCCGCAAAACACUAGGUGAUUUAAUUCAGAGGCAUAUGAACAUCUUCAGCACCAAUGCCUUCUUCCAAGGGCUGCCACUCCCGGAACCUAAAGUAUUAGAACCUUUGGACUUGAAGUUUCAUGACCUUCCUGAUGCUUUGAAAUUCCUGAAGGCCUGUUUGAAGAUGGACCCGCAAGCCCGGAUGACCUGCGAACAGCUACUGGUGCAGGACUUUGUGCACGUCCCCGGCGAGGAACGAGAAAAGGAGAAGGCAGAGCGCGUCGCUAGAGGGCGCUAUGGGCAGCGAGCACAGGGCCGAUCCAGGAAUCACUUUUACAACCUGCCCCAGCUGACCAACAGCAACAGCACCAUGAACGCGACGCUGGCGGCCUCCCCGGCCGAGGCCAAAGUCACCACCAAGGACAAGACGGACAAGCACAAGCUGGACAAGCACAAGUCCGACAAGCACAAGGCGGAGAAGCCCGAUUACCGGCACCUGCCUAACAUCUCCAACUUCUGAAACGUGUGGUCAGGCCAGGGCCCCGCGGCGGCGCUCGCUGCGCCGCUGCCCCCACCCAACCCUCCCCCAAUCCCCCAGCAGAAGAGGGCUCCCAACUGGGUCCCCGAGCGGGGCAACCCAGCCCAGCCCCUCGUCAAGGACAAUCUGAGUGAGUCCUCCUACCCCCAGCGGGACAAGCGACCUCCAAAACUCUGCGCCGAGUCGCCAGUCUGGUCAAAAGAUAAGCAUCCGGGAAAGGCAGGCCAUCUCAAGAAUCCUGACGCCCACCAGCCUACCCCUUCGGACUCCCCGCAACACCGCCACUACCCCCAUCCCAAUCCCCACCACCACCAUCACCAUCACCAUCACAAUCCCCAGGGGGAUGCAAUCCCGGCACAACUAUCCAAUCACCUCCUCGCCGAUCACCUCCGGAAGGACAGCCGAAGUGAUCGGGGUUCAGACUCGCCCAACGACUUCUCCUCCAACUCUAAACUCUUGAAGAAGAUGAGCAAUGAGACGGUGAGGCGUUUGGACAGCCGCAGCGACCGUAGCUACUCCCCGGCCUCUACCAUUCAGCUACCGGAGGAGAGAGGUACCUUGCCCACUGCCGGAUCGGACAACUCCGGUGGAUUGGAGAGUAGAGCUGACGACAAGGAGUCACGGCGACAGGCCCGCGCCUCCAGGGCCUCACUGCCAAAGUUAGAUGGGGUAGUAGCAAGCAAGCAAUUUAAAAGGUGACAAGAAAUGUUUGCUUUGUCUGCACAUCUACCCUCAGCCAUUCAGAUCAUUUUUUUCCUUCCCAUUUCAUUCAAUCCAGAUUAUUUUGACCCU